GAGAGAGAGAGAGAGAGAGUUGGCUGCCUGACAGAUCCACACACGGACGCGUUGGGAUAAUCACUGGCCCGUUUGCUGUCAUUUUGUACCGAGUGUGUGUGCGCGGCGGUGAAUCUCAGAUUGAAGUCACACUGGGUCCGACCACGACAAUCUGCCCGGAUUAACCGCACAGUCCCGCAUUUAGAGGCGGCAGGCAGGACGCUUGGCGCUGCCUCAGGAUCCCUGUGAUUAGGAGAAGAUGAGAAUGGAGUGAGCUGAGCACCAGCACAGCGGGACAAAUCCCUGUGAGCAUUUACUGUUACCAUCCCACAGUGCUCCUAGCACUCAAAACCCCCAAAGCUACCUCAGCCGGAAAACUCUCAGCUGGUCUGGGAUCAGCAGCCACCACCAGCACCACCCCCUCCUUGUCCCAGCAUCAACCCAUUCGGGAGAAGAUGGAGGACUGACCAGAGAGCAGCAGGUGAAAGCAGGCAGCUCUUCCCUCCCCGUCCCCCUGCAGCCAUGGCGGGGCUCAAACGUUGCCACGAUGGGAAGAUCGCCGGGCUGUACGACCUCGACAAGACGCUGGGCCGCGGACACUUUGCUGUGGUCAAACUGGCCCGACACGUCUUCACUGGGGAAAAGGUUGCGGUGAAGGUGAUCGAUAAGACCAAGCUGGACCCGGUGGCGCGGGGUCAUCUCUUCCAGGAGGUGCGAUGCAUGAAGCUGGUGCAGCACCCCAAUGUGGUGCGCCUCUACGAGGUCAUCGACACGGCCACCAAACUCUACCUCAUCCUGGAGCUGGGAGACGGAGGAGACAUGUACGACUGCAUCAUGAAGCACGAAGGGGGCCUCAGUGAAGAUGUGGCCAAGUGCUACUUCGCCCAGAUCGUCCAUGCCAUCUCCUACUGCCACCGGCUGCACGUGGUGCACAGGGACCUGAAGCCGGAGAACGUGGUCUUCUUCGAGAAGCAGGGCCUCGUCAAGCUCACCGACUUCGGCUUCAGCAACAGGUUUCAGCCCGGGAAGAAACUCAACACCUCCUGUGGCUCCCUGGCCUACUCUGCUCCAGAGAUACUGCUGGGGGACGAGUAUGAUGCACCUGCCGUGGAUAUCUGGAGUCUGGGGGUGAUUUUGUUCAUGUUGGUGUGUGGUCAGCCCCCCUUCCAGGAGGCUAACGACAGCGAGACGCUCACUAUGAUCAUGGACUGUAAAUACACAGUGCCCCCUCACAUCUCCCACGCAUGCAGAGAUCUUAUAGGACACAUGCUGCAGAGGGACCCCAAGAAACGGGCCUCCCUGGAGCUGAUCGAGAACCACGACUGGCUGCAGGGUAUCGACCCCUCACCUGCCACCAAGCUGUCCACCCCUCUGGUGUCCCAUCGCAGCUUGUCGGAAGAGGAGCACGGCUCCAUCAUCCAACGCAUCGUGCUGGGAGGCAUCGCAGACCGAGACGCCAUAACUGAGGCCCUGGAGUCGAACAAGUACAACCACAUCACAGCUACCUACUUCCUGCUGGCUGAGAGGAUACUGAGGGAGAGGCAAGAGAAAGAGCAACACAGCCAGACACGAUCAGCCAGCCCCAGCAAAGCCCAGUUCAGGCAGUCCUGGCCCACCAGAGUGGAUGUUCACCAGGAUGUCAGUGAUGGUCUGGGGGGGCCGGGUAUCUCCCACCCAGGGGGCCCCCAGUCCCCUGCACGCAGCGCCGAGAGCCUCCAUAAAGGCCCCCGGCCCAAAACGGCGCUGUUGGGCCUCAGCCAGCGGCAGGACGGCAACAGCCAGUCCCCCACCCAGCAGCCGGCCUGGCAGAACCAGGAAAGGGGGAUCAGGCCUCUGGUGAAGCCCCACUCCAACCCCCUCAGGCUGGUCUCCCUGGCCCCAGUGGGCCCGUGCAAACCACGCAGCCCCAGUCUCUUCAGCGUGGAAGAGGAUGAGGAAGAGGAGGGGGAGGAAGACAAAUCUCCCUCCACACUGCCUACCCAGGUGGUGCUUCGCGGCAAAGCCUCCUCUUCAUCCUCCCCGCUGUCCUCCUCGGCUAACCGCUUGACAUCUCGCAUGAGCGCUCCGGUCCUCAACCAGAUCCACGAAGAAGAGCAGGAGGAGGAGGAGGAGGAGGAGGAAGAGGAGGAGAGGAGGGAGCUGUACGGACUCGGCCCACCCAAACCUAGCCUCAGCCUCAACCUGAACUCUAGGACGCCGUCACCGCUACCGAUCAUACCGUCGCCCGACGCCAUCACCAUAACGGCACCGCUUGCCGUAGUGACGCCCAGCUCAGAGACUAGUGAUGAGCUGGAUCAGGAUGCAGUGACUGUGGGUGGGCAAAGGAGUGACAGGGAGGGUGCAGUCCAGGGGAAAGAAGGAGAGAAACGGGGGGUGGGGCAGGGCAGCUCCUCCCACUGUGCCAGUCCCGGGUCGGGGUCAGGGUCGGGCCAAGGCAAGGGCACCGCCAAAGCCGCCAGUGGCCUGGUUGAAAGCCUGAAGCUGAUGAGUCUGUGCCUGAGCUCCCAGUUCCACAGCCUGACAGGCGGAGGAGGGGGAGGCGGAGGCGGCGGCGGCGGCGGAGUGGGUGGCGACUCCCAGGACCGUCCCAUGUGGAGGAUGUGCAUGGGCGGCUCCACCGGCAGCCUGGACAAGGUCUCGCUGCUGGGCGGCCCUUCGCCCAGGGGGAACCUCCACCACCAGCCCCCUCUGGGAGACAUGCUGGGAGACCCCCUGCUGGAAGGCCACUGCUCGGGCACCCUGAGGUUGGGAGAGCUGGACCUGGCCAGGGAGAACCACAGGAACCUGAAGAACCGGGUGCUGCAGAUGCCCCUGAGUGACAAGGCUCUGUCUGUCAACAUCCACCGGAGCCCCAAGGAAGGUCUGCUCUGCACCCCCACCCCCCACAGCUGCUGCCAGGUCAUCUAGAGCACAGACGGCGGCUCCUGGCCCCACGUAUCACCCUCUAAACAUUCACCUACGACCUGCUGCACCUCCACAUUCCUCGACGCUCACCCCUCUGUCCCGCGCACGUCCCAUUUCAUCCCGUCGGAAGAGCAGAAGCGCUACUGUUUUAGCCCUAUCACCACUGGUUCUGCAAAUAAUGCUGUUUACUUUUGUUUUCGACUGAUUUAAGCACUUACGGUGGAUGACUAAGAGAGAGGCCAAACGCUAACCCAUGUGUUCAGACACAGAGAAGGAAACUGGGCACUCUGAGUGUACACAGCAUUGUCAGUGGCCUAAACGGGACGCUAAAGGGAUAAGUGGAGGAACAACAGAUACUGUAUUUUGAUCCUCCAGUAAGUUUCAAUAAGGGACAUUAGCUACGGAGCAGGACACAGCAGGUGCUCAGCGACAGUCAUCGCACUUUCCCACAGUCCUGCCAUGGAACACAUACUGUAUGUAAACACACACACACACACACACACACACACACAAACACACCCUUGUCACUCUGAUCAGCUGAUCAGAGGGAAAGUCGACAAGCUGAUAAGUUUUAAUAUCGUGUUGCCACGUGAUGCAUUUUGUCUUUUGUUGUAUUUUGAUGCUGUUCAAGCUUUUUUUUUAUUCUCAGUUAAAGCUAUUAUUUUUUUAAAUUAUGUUUCGAGACAAUCGUUUUAUGCUUUUUUUUUAUUAUCGUGACUGAAAUAGUUAUGAUUGUGUUCUCAUCGAAUGAGGACAAAUAACAGCGUGGAAAUAAAAAAAAAAAAACCCUAAAUGGACACUGGCACUUCAGUGUUACGGCGGCACUUUUGGUAUUUUGUAGUCUAUCACUGUUUUAUUUUUCUAUCUCAGAACGUGCUCUGCAGCCUCGGACAGAAGACGCACACUCACUUGUCAAGUCUCUGCGCAGCCUCGCGGCAGAGUUUGUACAUAAUGUGAAUAACCGAAGACUUUUAGCAGUACUCCUGUAGUAUUGACGGUAGAGUUGUAUUGCAGUAGAAACCUGACGACUAGAUCCAUAUAGACCAUUUUCCUCACCCCUGCUUCUCGAGACCUGCUGGAUGUACAGGGCUUUCCCCGUAAAUUGCAGACAAAAGACCACGUAAACAACAUUGGCUUCAAUAAUAGGAACCAACAGCCGACUAAUGAAUUUCUGUUGGGUGCAAUGGCAGCUAAAAUUCAGGACCCUCAAUUCCAAUUCGGUGGUGGGACGACCCCUGAACUGCACUAUCCACCUGACUAGAAGACCUCAGUUUUUCAGUGAUAUUGACACUGGGUCCCAACCAAGCCUGUGUGUGCAUCCAGUAGCUCUCCAGGAUCGUGGUAGCCACUGUUGUAGCGUAUUCCAAGACGAAAACAACCGAGGGGUUUGAAUAUAACAUAACAACACCGCCCCCUCAAGUACUGGUCUGUGUAACUGGAUGUUUGACCCACCCCUAGUGGAAUAUAUAACUUGACAGUGCAUGUGUUUUACUGUAGCAACGUUAUCCUUACCCAUCGAGGUCAAUCCACCUAGUGUAUCUACCUAAGUAACAGAUCCAAAAGGUCACUUUACUCUACUGUAGCCUCACAGCAAUACCAACGACUGCAAAAUGUACAACAAAAAUGGAUGUGCCAUAAAAUCUGUCUUGAGCAUAUUGUACUGUAUGUAUAUGAUAGAGAUCUAUUAAAAUAAAAGGUUGUGAAUGAAA